AUGGCUCUGGCACCGCUACUCAUUUCACUCUACGUGUCAGUUUCGUAUGUUGCUGCAAUCCAUUUGUGGUCCAAGAAGGUGACCGACUACAAAAUACGGCGCGAUGAUCCUAAGGUGAUUAAAACGAGAAUGCGCCGCGUGGUUUUGGCGACUGUCGUGAAUUUGGCACUUGUCCCAUUUUUGAACUCGCAGUUCUCGACACGAGGCACAUCUUUCAAAGAGGGCGUCUUGGAGUUGGGACUGAUUCCUGGUGUGUACAGCGGAACUAAUGUUGUGUUCGACUUCCACUCUUUUCUCGUGGACAGUGGGUGUGCAUUCAAAUUGGCCUGUAUCUUGUAUUGCGGGCCGCUCCUGGAUAACGUUUUAUACUACGUACUGGUUCCAGGCGUCUCCUUGAGGGAGGCCGUUCAAGACAUCAAAAACGAGCUUUGCGAUAUUUGGGGCGUACGCAACUACGUUUUUGGACCCAUUACAGAGGAAUUGUUCUACACUUCCAUGCUUGUGAACAGCUUUUUGCUCACAUCUCGAGACGACGUGACAUACAGUACUGUGUUACUAUUGCCACCUUUGUUUUUUGGGCUAGCGCAUCUUCACCAUGGAUGGGAAAUGUACACUCUGGGGAUAUACUCGGUGACGCAAGUUGUGUCUACGGCGCUCCUUCAGAUGACAUACACUACUCUUUUUGGGAUAUUCACAAACUUUGUAUACAUCAGAACGGGUAGAAACUUCUGGUGCUGCUGUCUACUGCACUCGUUUGCUAACUACAUGGGACUGCCAAAGAUGUCUGAGCUACGCGACCAACUUGAGGCGCAUCAUCCCUCGCCAACAAGCGCGCUAUUCUGCAAGCUUUGGAAGUGGAGCUACGUGGCGCUGUUGUUCAUCGGAAUCAUAGGUUUCAAGAACAAUUUGUGGGGCUUAACGGAUAGUAAACAUGCAAUUGAGCUGUAG